AUGCCUUGUGAGGGCAGGAUGACAACAAUUUUUGAAAACGACUAUGCUCCUGGCGGACUUGUUAUAUACGUGCCCGUAAGCGAGCUCAGUGAUUACGACGAUGGAAGAAGUUUUGCGGAAGCGUCAUCCAAAGGCGUUAAGAGAUGCCUUCUGGCCGGUCGUCUCACUCCCCUGAUAAUGUUGCCCACCUCGAUUCGCUUUAACACUGCCGAAUUGCAAGCUCUAUUGGGUGCCUUUAGCGAAGUUUAUCAGCCCCUGCAAUAUCGAGAAUCUAAUUUUAUGAGCAUACCCAAGAUCCAGCUUUGGGCGAUGGCCCCCUGCUUCAAGGGUGAUCAGAAACAAUUGUUCAGACUCGCACUAAUGUAUGAAACUGCGAGAUUUGUUACGCGGGAUAUUGCUGGCAGUGAUCCCGAACGAAUGUGUGCAUCAAGAAUUGAAGAAUAUGUAAAAACAUUAUUUAAAAAUAGCAUAAUAAAUAUCACUGUCAUCAAAGAAGAGCAACAAUUGCUUAAAGAAUACCCACUACUACAUGCUGUAAAUCGUGCUGCGAGCACCGUAGAGCGACAUCAGGCUCGCGUAAUAUACCUGGAAUACAAGCCAGACGAGGAACCCCAACGAACUAUAUUUUUAGUUGGCAAGGGAGUGACUUACGACACUGGCGGAGCCGAUGUCAAAGUCGGAUCAGCAAUGAUAGGCAUGUCGAGAGACAAAAGCGGAGCGGCAGUCGUCGCAGGAUUCAUGCAUUUAUGCAACCUGAUACGGCCGAAGAAAUUACGUGUGGUAGGAGCAAUGGCGUGUGUCCGCAACAGCGUUGGACCAGAGAUGUACGUUGCUGAUGAAAUAAUUACAUCGCGUUCCGGCAUGAAUGUUCGGAUUAUCAAUACUGACGCCGAAGGACGAAUGGCAAUGGCAGAUGUUCUUACAAAGUGCCGAGAAGAAGCGGAAACCAGCCCUGAUCCUCAUUUGUACACCAUUGCUACAUUGACUGGACAUGCCCAAUUAACCGUCGGAUUGGGUUACAGCAUCGUUAUUGAUAAUUCAGUGGCCGCGUACCACGAUCACGCCCAAAAACUUCAGCUGGCAGGCGAGGCGGUUGGACAACCGUUCGAAAUCAGCAAAUUACGUAGAGAAGAUUUUGCCGUAGCGGUAUCAAGUGUAGGAAAAGGCGAAAACUUAAUUCAAUGUCUGGCUGGAGCGUCAUCUCGACAAAUGCGCGGACAUCAAUAUCCGGUGGCUUUUUUGACACUGGUAUCUGGCCUGGACAAACACGGAUUGACAUCGGAGAAGCCAAUAUCGUAUUCUCAUUUGGACAUCACACCAAGUGUACUCUGGCCACCUGAAGUAACGACAGGUUCACCAGUCGUAGCUUUGGCGCAUCUUCAUCUAAUUCUUGAACAAUCACAAAUGAGCUGCUAAAUCCAGCUCGAAGAGAUAUGAAUUCCUAUUCAUAUAUUCGAGCGCGGCA